GCGGCCGCUGCGACUCCAGAGCCGGCGGGGGCCUCAGGUCCUUCCCCGCCCCGCCGCACGGGACAUCGCUCUGGCUGGAAAGCGGCGGUGGGAGCUGCCGAAGGCCUCGGGUCUUCCUCCUCCCCCGCGGUCCUCUGUUCACCCGCACGCCCCUCCUCCUCAGCUCCCCCUCCCUGUCCUCUCUGCGCCUCUCCUGGCCCCCCCGUCUCUGCAGGACGAGUGGUGCGGCCCGCCUCCAGCUGACCGGCCUGGAAUCCCGGCUCGAAGCCCCGGAAUCGCGCCCGCCCGCGCGCCCGCUCCCUCCACCUCCCCCCGCCCCGAGCCCCCCGACGACGCCGCCGCCUCCUACCAGCGGGGCCCAGGCCCAGCCACCGCCACCACCACCGUCACCACCGCCGAGCUCCGCCGCCGCCGAGCACCAUGGGAGACGCCGGGAGCGAGCGCAGCAAAGCGCCCAGCCUGCCGCCUCGCUGUCCCUGCGGCUUCUGGGGGUCCAGCAAGACUAUGAAUCUCUGUUCCAAAUGCUUUGCUGAUUUUCAAAAGAAACAACCAGAUGAUGAUUCUGCUCCAAGUACAAGCAACAGCCAAUCAGAUUUGUUUUCCGAAGAGACCACCAGUGACAACAACAAUACCUCGAUAACCACGCCAAUUCUUAGUCCUAGUCAGCAGCCGCUUCCGACAGAACUGAAUGUAACUUCACCGAGUAAAGAGGAGUGUGGGCCAUGCACAGACACAGCUCAUGUCUCGUUAAUCACACCAACCAAAAGAUCCUGUGCUACAGAUUCACAGUCUGAAAAUGAAGCUUCGCCAGUGAAGCGACCACGACUACUGGAGAAUACUGAACGGUCUGAGGAAACCAGCCGAUCUAAACAGAAGAGUCGACGUCGGUGCUUCCAGUGCCAAACCAAACUGGAGCUGGUGCAGCAAGAAUUGGGAUCAUGUCGCUGUGGUUACGUGUUCUGUAUGUUACAUCGCCUCCCUGAGCAGCAUGACUGUACAUUUGACCACAUGGGCCGCGGCCGAGAGGAAGCCAUCAUGAAAAUGGUGAAACUGGACCGGAAAGUGGGGCGCUCCUGCCAGCGCAUCGGGGAGGGGUGCUCCUGAAGGCCAGGCACGGCCACCACGUGACGCUGUUCUUAGUUCACUAAUGUUAGCCUUAUUUAGGACAAAGUCAGCCAGACACCUUGUACUGGGCACGCGUCAGACUACAGCCAGCCCAUUUCCUUUCUUUAGCCAGCCAUCCUGGUACUGUAGUUUAGGGGUUGAUGGUGGUUGAAAUUGAUUUCUGGCUGGUUACUAAGGUGCCUGCUAGCCAUUGUAUAAAAUUAAAACAUGAAGAAUAUUUUUUUUUGAGCAUGGCUAGUGGAUUUAAAACAACACAUACCUGUCACUGCUGGAGUCAAACUUAUAAAAAGCCUUAAGCGGAAAGUGUUCCAGACGGAGACUCUGAGUUAAUAGAGGAGUAGAAGCUGGUGUUAAAGUUCCCACGAUGCCCCUGGCUUUGCCAGAACCUCUGUUUAACGUUCAGCCUUUCACCUCUUCACUUAUCCUUAGUCCCCGUAGCCAGGACACCUGAUGGUCACGUGUGCCUUGGUCACAGGAGGCUGCUGAGGUUGGCCACAUGGCUGGGCUGGGUGGUGGCCUUGCUCUCCUACAGAGCUGGAAAUGCAGGGGGAGGGGGGACAGAUUCUUACGGAAAUUUUUUACCUGACUUGCUAUGAAAAAACUCAUCAUACAAGAGGAGAAACAGUAACCUCACUUUGAAAAGUUUGCUCCACUCAAGACUAGUCCACGAAUGAGACCCGUCUUUUCUACACAGGAUCCGUGAUUAUGAGAAGCAGCCAGAGCGCACCCUGACUCCCCAGCUCUGGUUUGCCAUUUGCCAAGUGCUGGGAUCUGGCAACUGAUCAGAUAAGGCUAAUGGCAGCACAGCAACUGUGGCGGGGUCUGCAAACUGGCCUCUGCAGCUAGAUUUCUAUAUUGGGAGUUUUUAAAAAAGACAUUGUUUCAUAGCCAACAGGAAUCAGAAGUGCUAGGGAGCAACUGGGGAAGCUGCUGCCCACAGAUGCUGCCCUUUCCAGCUGCAGCCCGCUCAGCCCGCUCACCCCACUAGGGGCCAAGAGGAGGAUGCCGUGGCCUCCGCGCUCGUUUCUAUGCAGCCUCGUAGUCCAAGGACAACCAGUCCACGCAACCACAUAGCAAGUUUGGCAAGGGAAGGCAGCAUACUUCACAGGGACAGUGGGUUUGGAUCUGUCUAGAACAGGGGUUUGUGGCCAUGGCCCAGCUCUAAGAGUGACAUUUGUUCUGGUGGGUGGGGGUGGGAGGGCGUAUUUUUCAGCCUGUGCUGCCUCAUGUGGAUGGGGAGGAGUUCAGUAGCUGCAGUAGCUCAGGCCAGGUGGGGAAGGGUGGAGGUGGGCCUGGUUGCCCAUGUUGAGAAAUCUUUACCAAUUAGGUGGGGGUGGGGGCUGGGGUAGACAGGAUCAGGAUUCCAUUGAAAGCCCGAGCAGGAGCAGUCCCAGCCGCCCCAUCUGAUCCAGGUGUGUUAGGGGAGGAGGCUCCUGCAGAGGCAGCAUGGAUCUACCCACACCGAGGCCACUGGAAUAGUUAAACCCAGCAACUUUCCUUUUUAUAAAACAAACAGUUCAACUCUGUCUGCAAAUUAACAGCUGAACACCUGCAACUAUAAAUGUUUUUUGAUCCAAAAUACUGAAAUAGGAAAUCAUGCUCUUCCCAACCUUCUUUUCCCACCCUACUUUCCAAUCUCCACCAGAGUGGAAUCCGCUGCAAAAUCUCCAGCCUUAAUUCUUGCUUCAGGACCCAGACCCGUGUCUUGCUCUAGGGCAGCCCAGGGCAGAGGGGCCAGGUCUGCCCAGCGUUUACCACUGUGGUCAAGCCUCAGCCCUCUGGCCACUACAUGGCUAUCCUCAGUAAGGUGGCCUAGGCUCUCCCGCCAAGCUCUGAUCCUGAAGAGACACACGCCCUUCCUCUCCCUCCUCAGGCCCCACUGGCUGCUGCUUGGAGGCAGCAAUGGGAAAAAGGAGCUCUGGGAGCCAGCCACACACAGGGAUGGAAGAAGCCACGUGCACUUCCUGCCAGCAGAGUGGGGGCGGGGUGGGGAGGGCUGUCCCCCACAGUAUCUGUUCUGUGAAGUUUGUCAAAUGUAAGGAAAGCUUAAAUUCUUGUAUCUUUAAAAGAGAAAAUCUUAUUUAACCCCUUUGUGUUCUAGAUUUACUUACACACAUAGCCUAGAGCUCAGUUUUAGUUUUAACAUUGUGAAAAUAUUAAAAGAAUCUUGUAACUUUAUUCUUUUUUUCUCCUGCUGAAAAAAAUUAAACCAAUCAUAUGAAA